ACAAUACAAUGGGAUUACUUUUUGCGGUUUUCUUUUUUUACGUAUUAUGUCUGUGAUAAUAUUUGUGUGCUAAUAUAAAGAGUAGGUUUGGUCAAAGCGUCGUUUUUUAAGAAAAUAUUUAACAAAUGUGACUUAAGAUCACUAGGAACUGUUCGUGUAUUUUAUGUGAAAACCCUAUUUGCGAAACGGUAGCAAAAUUAUUUUUAGAGCCAAAUUUUAGGCUAUAGUAAUCAUAAUCGAUUCCUUUAUUUCUCUUGUCAUGUUUCUCAUAAAUAUGGAAAAUAGUUGAUGUGAGGAAACAUCAUUACGUGCACACACCUAUCAACAACGUUUGUAUGUUUAAGGUGCCAAAAGGUUUACAGACUACGAACGGAUGUGGUACUAAUCUUACAGUAUAACGGAUAUGGCUGAGUUCAAUGAUGAAGUGGAGUUCGGCGCGAUCUCAGAAGAUGAAAAACGACUUGCCGCGGAAGCCUUAAAUGCAUUCAGGGACGGUGAUACCUCAAACACUUUAUCAAAACUCAACCAGCUUCGGGAAAAACGCCCAAAAGAUGUAAAGGUUUUACACAAUUACCUGAUCGCAUCUUCUGAAACGCCGUCUUCUCUGCUGACAUCACUCGAAUCGCUAAUUACAUCGCCUGAUUGUGAUGAAGUGGAUUCUUGUGUCACUUUACUCAACGUUGCAUUACUUCAUUUUCGUCAGCAGCGAUUCCAUCAAGCACAGGAACUUCUCGAAAAACUUAUGAUGUUUGUAGAACCCCUUGGAGAAGCAUUAUAUAGGGAUGCGUUGUUUCUCUACAUGGAGACCUGCCUAAAGCUUAACUAUCCAGAAAAAGUGCCGAAACUAAUAGCAACACUUGAAGGACUUUUGUUUGGCAGAGUAGUGACACCCAGAUCUGGAAGUUCUUCGCCUCAGGAAAGUCGUGACAGAGGAGAUAAAAACCUUGAAUGGAAGCCAGUUGUCAACCAGUACCGGGUUAGGUGUUUAUUGGCACUUCGCAGUCUGAAGGCUUGCAAACGAGAAAUAAAAAAUCUUAAUGGAGAGGAUCGCGACAGUAAGGAUCAGGGCAGUUUUAGCGUGGCCAUGUCCGCCUUUGUGCGCGCGCAGCUAGAGCAACAGCGAGACAGCGGAAAAAAGGCAGUUAAAAUUUUAAGUACCUUACAUGGAAAAUCGAUUCUAGGUACCAGACAUCUUGCCACAAUCUACUAUAACAACAUGGCUGCAAUUCAUUUCAAAGCAGGUAAAUCAAGUCUUGCAGUAAUGUACGCACAGCACGCACUCGAUGAAUAUGCACGACAAAUGGCGUGUGGAGAACCCCAUCAGACACGCAUGUUUUUCGACCUUCUGUAUAAUCUUGGAGUUUGUAAACUUUUCUGUGGUAGCGCUAAGUCGGCUUUUGAAGAUCUUGCCGGGUGCGUUCAGCUUAUGGGUAGCAAUCCACAAGUGUGGAUGAGGUUGGCCGAGUGCGGCCUCGUUGAACACCAUAAAGUGGCGAGCCAGGGUAGGAAAAAGAUAGUAAAUGCCCAGGUGGGCCAAAAAGUUCAUGAAAGGAUUCUUCUCGCAGAGCCGACAACGUUUCAUAAUGUCCAUCAACAAUUCUCAAAUGAACAGCAAAUGCGGCCUACAUUAGAUUUAGCUCUUCGGGCACUUAAGAUUUGUCUAGCAUUAAUUGUCGAGUGUGAACUAUCCCUGACAGCAAUGGAAACCCCUGGUGACGGAACUCCUUGUGCCAGCUCAUUACAGGAAUUACGUCUCCUAAACAACAGCGCAUUAUGUGCUUCGGCGUAUGCAUCCCUCUGUAUGGGUGACUUUGCGGCAGCUCAAGAGUUCUGCGAGAUGCUGCUUAUACAAGACCGGCUUUCAGGUGCUCAGAGAGUCCUAGCUCAUCUAUAUUGCGCAGAAGCUUUGUUAAUGCAAGAUCAAUUGUCCGAAGCUGUUGACCAUCUAAGUCUUAAUAAUGCGGAACAACUAGCUGUUCUGCCUCCAAGCGGGGAAGCAAAUGAAACUCAAUGGGGCACUCAAAUAAACAUGGAUUGGCUUCCACCUAGCAAUAAGUGUGCUCGACUCAUGUUUCAAUACAAUCUUGCUGUAGCUUUUGCUCUGCGAGAAGAAUUACAUAAAGCUGAGGAGGCACUUCGUCCGCUUUUGGAACAAACUGAAAAAACAGAUGAGCCAUUGGGUGAGCAUGUAUUAUGGCUCGCAAUUUACCUGAAUUUACAACAAGGUCGACCCGAUCAGGCCAAGCAGUUAAUAUACAAAUGCCAACCUAUCGUCCAAUAUGCCCGAGUACAAUAGUCACCAUUUUAGGUUCCCGCAGCAGUUCAUUAGAACUUAUACAUGAUAAUAAAUAAGAUAAUAAUAAUAACGUAUUGGGGUGGGUUCCAUGUAUGUAAAAAAA